GCAUCCACGAGGAGAUGCUGAAAGACGCGGUGCGCACUAAGACGUACGAGGCCGCGAUCUGCGGCAGCACGUUUCUGUUCAAGGACAAGGUUGUCAUGGACGUGGGUGCUGGCACGGGGAUUUUGUCCCUCUUUGCUGCCAAGGCGGGAGCCAAGAAGGUGUACGCGAUGGAGUGCUCAGAGAUUGCCGAGUGCGCGCGCGAAAUCGUGGCAGCCAAUCACAUGGACCACAUUAUCACGGUGAUCAAGGGGAAGGUGGAGGACGUAGAGUUGCCAGAAGGGGAGAAGGUGGAUGUGAUUAUAUCGGAGUGGAUGGGCUACUUCCUCCUCUACGAGUCCAUGCUCGAUACUGUGCUGUUCGCCAGAGACAAAUGGCUGGCAAACGGCGGCAUAGUGCUGCCAGACCACUGCUCGCUGUACCUGAUGGCGAUAGAGGAUGCAGAGUACAAGCAGGAGAAGAUUCACUUCUGGCAGUCAGUGUACGGGUUUGACAUGAGCUGCAUUCGAGACAAGGCCAUGUUGGAGCCUCUGGUCGACACCGUAGACGCAGAGCAGAUCGUCACCAACUCUUGCCUCGUCAAGUCGCUCGACAUCAGCAAGGUGACGAGGGGCGACCUCUCCUUCUCGGUGCCGUUCAAGCUCGUGGCGGAGAGGAACGACUUCGUGCAUGCGCUCGUGGCCUAUUUUGACGUUGGCUUCACCAAGUGUCACAAGCCCAUCGGUUUCUCCACAGGGCCCAAGAGCCGGGGCACGCAUUGGAAGCAAACGGUGCUAUAUCUGGAAGAUACCCUAACCAUGUGUGAAGGGGAAGCGGUUACCGGAACCAUGCAAGUGAAGCCGAACGAGAAGAACCCCCGCGAUCUAGACAUAUCCGUGACUUACAAAUUUGAUGGUCGUCGAGGGAAGGCAUCACGCACACAGCACUACCGCAUGCGGUGA